AAUGUCAGCAGCAGAAGAAGAAGCAGAAUCCAAACAGAAGGUUAGCAAGAUUGACAGCAAGGAAUCCUUCAGCGAGAACAGACUGUCUGUUCUGUGUUGACACGAAUCGAUACUGUUUGUGUUAUGAGAAGAAGAGGACGCUGCUUCUCUCAGGAACGUGAUUGAACAGCAUGGCUGCUGCCCCCCUUCUCAGACGGACGGACUCGGCCCAGGGGGAGUUUUCCCCGCUGAAACACUUCGUUGUGGCCAAGAAGAAGAUCAGUGAUGUGUUCGAACAACUCCUCAACUAUGCGAAAGAGACCUCAGAGUUUGCAGAAGAAAUCAGCGGGAAUAAAGCUUUGGGCAGCAUCGCGACUCAGGAUCAGAAGUUGGAGAUUCAAGCCUACGCCGACAAACUGGCCAUCAUUAAGGAGGUGCUUGCGCGCAGGCACAUGAAGGUGGCCUUUUUUGGCAGGACCAGUAAUGGUAAAAGCACCGUGAUCAACGCCAUGCUGAGGGAUCGUGUGCUGCCCAGCGGUAUUGGCCACACCACCAACUGCUUCCUGAGCGUGGAGGGAACCGACGAAGACAAAGCCUACCUCAAGACGGAGGGCUCUGACGAGGAGAAGAGCAUCAAGACUGUAAACCAGCUGGCUCAUGCGCUGCACAUGGAUGAAAGCCUGGACGCCGGCUGUCUCGUACGGGUUUUCUGGCCGAAGACCAAGUGUGCUCUACUUCGAGACGACCUGGUGCUUGUAGACAGCCCUGGAACAGAUGUUACAACACAACUGGAUAGCUGGAUUGACAAGUUCUGCCUGGAUGCAGAUGUCUUUGUGCUGGUGGCAAACUCUGAGUCCACACUCAUGAACACGGAAAAGCACUUUUUCCACAAAGUAAAUGAACGUCUGUCGAAGCCGAACAUCUUCAUCCUGAACAAUCGCUGGGACGCCUCAGCGAAUGAGCCAGAAUACAUGGAUGAUGUGAGGAAGCAGCACACAGACCGAUGUGUGAACUUCCUGGUGGAGGAGCUGAAAGUUGUGGAUCGCGAGCAGGCACCCAACCGUAUUUUCUUCGUUUCUGCAAAAGAGGUGCUCAACUCCAGAAUGCAACGUGCACAGGGCAUGCCAGAAACAGGUGGCGCUCUGGCUGAAGGCUUCAAGGAGAGACUGAAGGAGUUCCAGAGCUUUGAGAGGAGGUUUGAGGAGUGUAUCUCGCAGUCAGCAGUGAAAACAAAGUUUGAGCAGCACACUAUCAGAGCAAAGCAGAUCACAGAAAAAGUCAAGAGCAUCAUGGACGCCAUCAACAUUGAGGCGGCGGAGAAGAGAGUGGCAGCGCUGGAGGACAGAGAGUACCAGAUGGACCGGCUGGAGUUCGUCAAGAAUCAGCUCAGCUUGCUAAUCAAUGACAUUAAACAGAAGAUCAGAGCGAUCAGCGAGGACGUGGAGGAUAAGGUGUCCAACGCCAUGGGGGAGGAGAUCUGCCGGCUCCAUGUCAUAGUCGAUGAGUUCCACACGGACUUCCACCCGUCACCUCACGUCCUCAAGAUCUACAAAUCUGAGCUGCUGACUCACGUAGAAGAAGGGAUGGGGAAGAACUUGGCCUUCCGCUGCUCCAGCGCCAUCAACGCCUCGGUCCAGUCGUCUCAGAAAUACAUGAUCGAGAGCAUGCUCCCUCUGCUGCCCUCCUCGGUCCAGAGCCAAGUCCACAUGUUGGUGCCCAGCAGGAAGUUCGACCUGAGCUACGACCUGAACUGCGCCACGCUUUGCAGCGACUUCCAGGAGAACAUCGAGUUUCAGUUUUCUCUGGGCUGGACGUCGCUGGUCCACCGUUUCCUGGGUUCUGCCAACGCACAGAGGGCUCUCAGACUGGUGGACCAGAACUUCCAGGUUUCUCGGCCGGCGCUGCCUCCCGCUCAGACUCCCUCCUCUGGACCGUCCUCCAUCGCAGCUCCGCCGCCCAACAGCGAGUCGGCCGUCAUGACGCAGGAGGAAAUGAUGCUGGCUGUGGCCACCAACGUGGCGUCUCUGACUUCUCGCACUUCAAUGAGCGUCAUCAUCGUGGGAGGAGUGGUGUGGAGGACCGUCGGCUGGAGGCUGAUUGCUCUGUCGGCCUCCCUCUACGGCCUCCUCUACCUGUACGAGAGGCUCACCUGGACCACCAAGGCCAAGGAGCGAGCUCUGAAGCGCCAGUUUGUGGACUACGCCACGGAGAAACUGCAGCUCAUCGUCAGCUUUACUAGUGCCAACUGCAGCCACCAGGUCCAACAGGAGAUGGCCACGACCUUCGCUCGGCUCUGUCAGCAGGUGGACCAGACGCAGAAGGAGCUGGAGGCUGAAAUCUGUCAGCUGACGGCCACCAUAGACCAGCUGGAGACGGUCCAGAGCCGCUCCAAGAGCCUGAGACAUAAAGCCACCGAGCUGGAGAAGCAGCUGGAGGCGUUCACCUCUCAGUACCUGCAGCCUCAGCAGUGACGCUCAUUCCUCGGUCCGACGGCGCCUGAACUCACCUCCACCUGAACAGCAGCUUCUAUGGGACGGCAGCGCUGGAACGACUCGUCAGUGAAUCGAUCGGUUUUGAUAAUCAGGCGAGAAAACACAGAGAUUGUGUCGGUUUUCUUUGUCACAUCAAGAAUUUUUUUGGGCGUUUUGUAGACUCAGCGGUUCAUCAAAUGAAAACAAACAGAUACAUUGAUAAUAAAAGGAGAAAGGAGGGAGAUGCUGCAGUAUUUUAAGGUCACAUGAGAACCGAGGAAACUGUACAACAAACUGUGGUUGUGGUUAAAGGGCGACGGUACCUCGGCUACCGGUCGGGUGCUAGCUCUGUCUCUCUCUACAUAAAUAUAUAUAUAUUUUGACACUAACGUGCUUCUGACUGUGAAUAUGCCUUUUUUUGACAAACUUUUGUGGAACAAAUGAAGUUGUACGUCUGUCGGUUUGUACACGUCUCGGUUCAGACACGAGCUGCUGUAUGUUCAGAACAAUAAAUAUAUUUAAUAAGAGAA